AUGAUGCGUGGUUCUCAUACUCUCCAUUUUUCAGUUUUAUCUUUCUUCGUCACUAUAUGGACCGUCCUAUCCGUACCACCACAACCACCGGUUCGAUGUGACCAAACCGGCUGCACAGUCUCGAACGCGUACGGCACGUGGCCUGACCGGCAAAACUGCCAUGCCGCUAACGUCACGUACCCAACGACGGAGGAGGAGCUCCGUAAAGCAGUGGCUUACGCGGCUGAGCACAAUCUCAAGGUUAAAACCGUCACCAAAUUCUCUCACACCAUACCGAAACUCGCUUGUCCUUCCGGUUCAGACGCAAUGCUAAUCAGUACGUCAAAGUAUAACUCUGUUAUCGAAAUUGAACCGGACCGGUUAACGGUUACGGCUGACUCCGGAGUUUCGUUGAGAGAGCUCAUCGAUAAAGUUGAAGCAGCUGGGUUUAGCAUCGCAACGUCACCGUAUUGGGAAGGAGUGAGUAUAGGUGGGCUGAUAAGCACUGGAUCCCACGGGAGCUCGUGGUCGGGACGAGGCGGUUCGGUUCACGACCAUGUCCUCGGAAUCAGCCUUGUUGUUCCGGCGAACUCAUCGGAAGGCUUCGCCAAGGUUGUUAGACUCGAAGGAGGGAAAGACGAUAAGCUUCUUAACGCCGCUAAAGUGUCGUUGGGUGUUUUAGGAGUCAUCUCAAAGGUGAAGCUUUCGAUUGAGAAAGCCUUCAAGAGAAGUAUGACGUAUAACUUUACAUCUGACGUGGCACUUGAAGACAUUUUCGUGGAUCAUGGGAGGAAAUUCGAAUUCGGAGACAUAACUUGGUACCCUUCAAGAAAAACCGCGGUUUACCGUUACGAUAUCCGAUUACCGGUCAACGUCUCCGGCAAGGGAGUCAACGAUUUCAUUGGUUUUCAGUCUAAUCCCAUCUUGGUCUCUAAAGGGGUUCGAGCAUUAGAGAAGGCACUUGAAUCCAACAAGAACGAGAAGGGAAAAUGCAACACGGCAGAUACUACGUUGGCCUACAAGAAAUUAACCGGGAACGGUCUAAAGAACAAUGGUUUACUCUUUACCGGAUAUCCGGUUAUCGGAAACCAAGGUAAGAUCCAGACUUCUGGGUCAUGCCUUCACUCAUCUUCUAUUAGAAUUGAUGUUUCUUGCGCUUGGGACCCGAGAUAUAAUGGUCUUUUCUUCUAUGAGACGACUGCUAUAUUCCCCGUUUCUCGGUUUAGAGAUUUUCUCCUCGAUGUGAAGAAGCUACGAGACUUGAAACCUGAAAGACUAUGUGGGAUCGAUAUCUACAACGGUAUCCUCAUACGUUUCAUCAAGGGCUCAACGGCUUAUCUUGGGCAGACAGAGGAUUCUGUGGUCAUUGACUUUAACUAUUACCGAGCGGACGAUGCGUUGACCCCGAGAUUGAACGAAGAUGUGAUGGAGGAGAUGGAGCAGAUGGCGUUUAUCAAACACGGCGCAAAGCCGCAUUGGGGGAAGAACAGGAAAGUGGGGUUCUUUGGCGUGAAGCAAAAGUUUGGACCUAACUUUGACAAGUUCUUGGGAGUGAAGAACAAGUUUGAUCCUAAGCAGAUGUUCUCAAGUGAAUGGUCAGAUGAGAUUCUGUUUGGAAGAGAAGGUUCCAAAUAUGACGGAUGUGCCCUUGAAGGGAAUUGUGUGUGUUCAGAAGACAGACAUUGUAGCCCUUCCAAAGGUUACUUUUGUGGACAAGGCCUUAUUUAUACACAAGCUAGGGUUUGUAGAUUCUCCUCAGCUCAAGUUUCAUUGGUGUAA